AUGAUAUGUGUAGUGCACCACACGCCACCCGCAUAUCAUUCCUCGUCCGUAACUCUAAGUUGCCUUACCUUUCCCUGCUUCUUUGUGACCCUUUAUCCAUCCCGCCGCAGUCACAUGGAAACUCGUCUUUUUUUUUUUUGUUUUUGUUUCUUUCUUUCGCUGUUCGUUUGCUGGUUCAUCGCACCCUCCCUGCUCUCGUUCGCUAUACUUUUAUAUGCUUUAAAAUUGGUUUCUGGAAAGAAAAAAAAUGAAGGAAAAGAGAGAAAGGAAAGGGGGGGCCAUCUAAAAACCACUUGUGUGUAUCUUGGUAAAUAUAUAUAUUUAUAUAUGUAUGUAUCUCGACAUGCAUAUACCUUUAUAUAUCAAACGCAUGAAAUGAAAGAAAAAGAAAAAAAAGGGAAUAGAAGCGUAGAGUUUGUUUGUUUACUUGUUUCCUUUUCUUUUUUUAAAAAAAAAAAAAGUGACCUUCUAAAUGUGCGCGGUUGUUUGCAUUUGUCUGAUUGUUCCAUUACUCCUGUUAAAGGGGUGUUGUUGCGGCUCGGGUAG